ACUGCAACUAAAAAAAGACCCACCGCUCUUUCUCUCUCUACAACUCAAAAAUAAAAAACUAGAGAGAGAAACAAACAGACUUUCAACUUCCGAAUUUUCUCGGGAAAAUUGGACUCCUCAAAACGGAAUAAUCUGAUUCUAAAUAAUUAUCUUGUAAUAAACAGGAAUUUAUAUAUUAAUUUUGAAUUCGCCGUUGGAAUUUGAUUGUUGUAAUUUGAGCAAUGCCUUCAGCUGGCUCACCUCUCUGGCAGGAGAAGGCUACUGUGUUCUUUUCUUCCUCAGGGGCAAAGCUCAAAGAAGCUGGGCAAUCAGCUGGAACGUUAAUGGGAGAAUUUGCUAAGGAUGCAAAAGUAAAUGUAGCUGAUGUAGCGGAAAAAGUUGGGUCGGCUGUCAAAAGUCGAUGGUCAUUUCUUCGAGAGCCAGCAACAAGGCAUGUUCUGCAGGAAAAUUUGAUCACAGCAGCUGCAACUACCGGCAUGUUUUUGAGGAAAGGUGUGUCAGAUACAAAGGAAAAAGUUGUUGUUGGGAAGACAAAAGUUGAAGAGGUGGCCAAAAAGACUGCAGAGAAAAGUAAGAAUAUUUUGACUGAUAUUGAAAGAUGGCAGAAGGGAGUUGCAAGCACCGAUGUAUUUGGAGUUCCGAUUGAAGUCACGGUCCAAAGGCAACACUCUAACCAGCCUGUCCCACAUAUUUUGGUCAAAUGUGCAGAUUAUCUCAUUUUAUCAGGAUUAAAUUCAAUGUACUUGUUUAAAGCUGAAGGAGAGAAAAAGGUUAUUUUGCAAUUGGUUUCAAUAUUCAAUAAAGACUCCAAUGCUUUGUUACCGGAAGGUGUAAAUCCACUUGAUGUGGCAGCUCUUAUCAAAUGUUACCUUGCAAGCCUUCCUGAACCCUUAACAACAUUUGAGCUCUAUAAUGAGAUUAAAGGCGCUCGCUCUAGCAUACAUGUCAUGAGAAACAUCUUGAAGAAGCUUCCUACUGUAAACUAUAUGACUUUGGAGUUUAUUACUGCGCUGCUACUUCGAAUUACUCAGAAAUCACCUCUUAACAAGAUGGACGCAAGAAGUAUUGCCAUGGAAACAGCCCCUGUUAUUAUGUGGCGGAAAGAACAGAAGCCAGAGGCUUAUAGGCAAUAUUGGAGUCAAGCGUCCAGAAAUCCCCCAAAAGGGAGCAUGGAUUCACCACCUUCUUACAGUGAAUGGGACCUUCUUUCAGAUGAGGGCGAAGGUACGGAUGCUUCAUCCGCCAUUCCCUUGGAUGACGGUACACCUUUGGACUUCGGUGCUAUCGAGGUUGUUCAGUGCCUCAUAGAACAGCAUAACUCAAUUUUCACAGAUGCAAACGAGACAGUUUGGAGGUAAUCCUAGAGCCUAAGAACAGCACCGUGUUUCCUGGAUUCCUCAUGCGACUUGUUUACUGUCUAGUCGGAUGUAAAGUGACAAGUUUCAACGAUUGUCUGUAAUUACACUUCAAACAAGCAUUGCUCAUUAAAGCUGUUUUCCGGACGUGGCCUUGUAUAUUUUUUAGCCAAUCCUGGGACUGUUGUGGUUUGUAAAUUUUAGCAGAUAGAGAGAGUUGAAAAAAGCAUUAUUUUGCCCGAACAUGCUGUGUUGGGGAAAGGAAAUCAAUAAGACGUGUAAUAUUCAAAAAUUGCUUGCUACAGAACACUGAUUUGCUUUGAGAAAUAUCAGGUGUUCUGAUCAUACAUACAAUACACUAUUUGCAAAUUGCAAUCAAAUGUAAUUUUCUGACA